UCAGAAAAUUUUUUUUUAGUGGCAGUUGAUUUUUUUUAUUCAUCUAGUAGUUAAAUUACUAUAAAAAUCUAGUGAAUUCCCCAUUCAAAUUCCUUCAAACCAUGGGUAACGAAAGUUCCCUGCCCAUGGAACUAUGCUCCAACUUCGAUGCUGACGAAAUUCGGCGUCUCGGUAAACGUUUCCGGAAACUAGAUCUGGAUAAUUCAGGAGCUUUGAGCAUCGACGAGUUUAUGUCGUUGCCCGAACUCCAGCAAAAUCCUCUCGUUCAACGCGUCAUCGAUAUAUUUGACGCCGAUGGAAAUGGAGAGGUCGAUUUUAAAGAGUUUAUACAAGGCGUAUCGCAAUUCAGCGUCAAGGGCGACAAACUGUCCAAACUGAGAUUUGCUUUUAGAAUCUACGACAUGGACAACGACGGAUAUAUUUCCAAUGGAGAAUUGUUCCAGGUUUUGAAAAUGAUGGUUGGCAACAACUUGAAAGACACUCAACUGCAACAGAUCGUUGACAAGACCAUUUUGUUUGCUGACAAGGAUGAAGAUGGCAAAAUUUCUUUUGAAGAGUUUUGCAAUGUUGUUGGUAACACUGACAUACAUAAAAAGAUGGUUGUUGAUGUCUAAAUCAACAACAAUUGCAUGUAAUAAUAAAUUAUCACUUGAAGCUAAUUAAUAAUUAGCUUCGGUGUGAUAAAUUAUAAUUAUUUUGCUAUAUUAUAGUUGAAAUCGUUUUUUAGCAAACUAGGUGUUAUUUAUUAUGAAAAAAUCGUUUAAUUUUGGUUUGCUGUCUAUAUAGGGUUUGUUUUUCUAGUCAUAAUUAUUGAUUUUUGGGUUCAUAUGCUUAAAAAAUUAAUUUUAGACAGCGGCCAUAGCACUUUUAAUAAAAUAGCAUUAAAAAUAGGAAUUUUAAUCUCUUCGCUUUUACCAGUUAUUCAUUGUAAAAAAAAAAUCUAUAGUCGUUGCACGAGAAGCUUGUUGUUUAGUGUUAAUUAACAAUUAUCCAAUACAUUAAUUAUUAACCCAUUUUAAGUGGGUUGAGAUUAAUUAUUAUUAUUCUAGGUGUUGUGUGUUUAGCGCUUAAAAAAAAAAAAAAAUUAUUGGGAUUUUUGUUGAAUUUAAUAAUUAAUUCACAGUAGAUGUACGGGGCCUAGGGCCUUUGAUGGGUGAGUCAAAGACCCCACUGCCACAGAAUCUACUGCAAAAUCAACUUCUAAAUAACCGGGGAAAAUUUUACAUCAAACCCUUUUGAAAAUUAACGAUGGAUCUUGGAUAGAAAGUGACAUGGAUGGCGUAAGCGUAUCACUUUUUAUUCUUAGUAAUUUUUUGAAGGAAUUUGAUAUUUGUUUAGAAGUUUAUUUGGGAAUUAAUUUUAAUAUUAAGGCGUAUGAAAUAUAAAUGUAUGUUUGCUAAUCACUUAUAUAAUAAUUUAUUGGAGAGUUCUUUUUGUUUUAUUUUUAAAUAAUAUAAUGAUUAUACAUAAUGUAGUAUUAAAAUUAUGCGUGAUUAUAUCAAUAUCUAUGUACUUCAAAUAACUGUGUUGAAUAAAUAUUAUUUACCUCUUCUU